CGGGCGUGGGGCGCGGCGGGGGCCGGCGGGCCGCCCCCGCCCGCGCCAGUGGAGCCGCUCGGCGGAUCAUGUGCAGCGCUCCGCUCGCAUGCGGCGCAUGGUUUCACCUUCAGGGCGGCGGGUGGCUCGGCGCGCCCUUCCCCGAGCGCGGCCGCCGGCAGCGGAGGAGGUGAUCUAUGCCAUCUGCUUACAGAGCACACAGAAAUAAAUUGGUGCUUCGGACUCCAGCAGCUGAAAGGAGAAACAUUACUCUGAGAAUGAAGCAAUAAAACAUCUCCCUGCAGAACCGUAUGAUUGAAAACGUGGUCCAGCCCUCCUCUGCUGCCGGACAUGCUUUUGUCGUCCUGCCGCACUCACCUGAUGUUGCAGUGAUACAGAUGGAUCAUAGUAGAGGGGCAGAAAUGGAGUUACGGAGAUCCUCCAGCCCAGGCAAGCUAAGCAAGAAUGACAUGGAUACUGAUAAGACCAUGUGCCACAGCUGCUGCAUCUGCGGUAAAAGUUUCCCUUUUCAGAGCUCUUUAUCACAGCACAUGAGGAAGCACACGGGUGAGAAGCCCUACAAAUGCCCAUACUGUGAUCACAGAGCUUCCCAAAAGGGCAACCUGAAGAUCCACAUCCGUAGUCACAGAACAGGCACUUUAAGUCAGGGGCACGAGGCAGAGAUGGGAGAAGGGCAGCUGGGGGAGAUGGGCGUUUCGGAGGGCCUCGGUGGGUGCACCAGCCCCACUAAAAGUACGUCCGCCUGCAACAAGAUCUUGAAUGGUACUGCUCAGGUAGAUAGCAGCAAGAUCUUGUUGAGAAGCAGCAAGAAGGAGGUCAUAGAGGUGGCGCCAGCUGAGGAGGAUGGCAAGCUGACCUCUUAUCAAUGCACCUUCUGCAAAAACAAAUUUGAAAGGAAGAAGGACCUGGAGCAGCACCUGCACCAGGUCCACAAACCGUUCAAGUGCAGGCUGUGUAGCUACAUGACCCUGAGGGAGGAGACGCUGUUAAACCACAUAGAGAAGGACCAUAUAACAGCUCAGGUCCCAAAUGGGGAGGCCUAUGCCGAAAACUGCAAGAGUGAGCUGAGCACAGGCGAGUUUCCGUGUGAGGUCUGUGGUCAGACCUUUAGUCAAACCUGGUUCCUGAAAGCUCACAUGAAAAAGCACAGGGGGUCAUUUGAUCACGGCUGCCACAUUUGUGGCAGGAGAUUCAAAGAACCCUGGUUUCUCAAAAACCAUAUGAAGUCGCAUGGCCCCAAGACCGGGAGCAAAAACAAACCAAAAAAUGAUUUGGAGCUCAUAGCCACUAUCAAUGACGUGAUACAGGAGGAGAUGAUUGUGACCGGCCUGUCUCUGUACGAAGUUUGCACCAAGUGUGGAAAUCUGUUUACAAAUAUGGAAAGCCUGAAAGCGCAUAAUGCUGUUCACUACCGGGCACAGCGGGGCAGUGCUGGGGAUAAAGCCGAGGGCUUAAUUGAUGGGAGCCUAAGCUCUUCGGUAACGAAGCAGUUUUUCUUGCAGUGUCUCAGUCUAAGGCCAUCUGUAGGGCUGGAUAGAGUUACAAGAGAACAGCCUGGGAAAAGAGUAGCUGAGCUGGAUCCGGUCAGUAGCUACCAAGCUUGGCAGCUGGCCACCAAAGGAAAAGUAGUAGAGCCCUCAGAGUAUGUGAAGUAUGUGGGAUGGGAUGAGGCCCUGGCGGAUGCAGACGUGACUUAUGACAAGGAUAAGAGAGAGUAUAUCCUCGUCAACCAGGAGAAGCGCAAGCGAGACCAGGACUCGCCCAGCUCUUCCAGCAACCCUAAGAAGAAGAGCUGCACCAGUGGGCGCCCGGAGAAAGCUGGUGGUGCCCCGCCAGCAGAGAGCUGCCCUCUUGCCCAGGGGGACCUGGACUACCGCCCCGCCUCACGGCAGAGCCGGCGGGCCACUCAGAACAAGUCCACCGAGUGCUUCGAGUGUGGGAAGAUCUUCCGCACCUACCACCAAAUGGUGCUGCACUCCCGGGUGCACCGCAAGGAGCGAAGGAGCUGCAGCGAGGGCGGGACAGCCCCCCAGCCCGACCGCUACGGCUCCAGCAGCGAGGAAGGAGACUCGGGGUCUGUCAGCGGGCCCAGCACCCCUGGCUCUGCAUCCGCCCCGGAGGACUCGGCCACCUCUGGCUUGGGGGAGGAGGGGGCUGAGGAGAGCUCGGAGGAGGGAGCAGCCAACCCUUCACUAGAUGAAAAGCCAUACCACUGCAAGUUCUCUGAAGAGGAGGCUCCAAUGGUAACAUCUCAGUUGGAUGAAUUCCCGAAGCUGGGAAGCCGCAAUGCCAGAGAAAAUGAAGCCAGGGAAUCUAAACCAGAGGUCCCUGCCUUGGUGUCAGCACUGGAGAGUGUCAUCAAGGAGCCCUUUCUGAAAUACCAAGAUCUGAAAGGUUCUGCUGACAGGAAGAUGCCAGCAUUUCACCACAGCCAAGGGCUUCCUUGCUCCAGUCGCAUUGCUAGCUUUGCUUUGGGUGUGGGCCAGACAUCCUCAAACAUCGUCAUGGACUUGAAAACAUCACUUGAAGUGCAGGCUAGUCGUGCUAGAGAAAAUUUGCUAGACUUGCACAGGGAACAUCCUCUGAUAGAAAAAGGUGCUGAAGCUCAAGAGGUAGCUCCACUCGAUUUGAGUGAAAAAUCAACAAGGGAUAAUUCAUGCAAUAAGAAUUUGAACACAUCUUUGCAGGCUGCUUUAAUGGUCUACCCAUGUCCUUUCUGCAGUCACAAGACCUACUACCCUGAAGUCUUAUGGAUGCACAAAAGAAUUUUGCACAAAAUCAGCUGUAACUCAAUGGUACCCCCUUGGGUUCAACAGAAUGGCUUCAAGAGUAUUAAAAACAGCCUGGUCUUUCUGGCAAGGAGUGGGCGUACCGGCCCCCCUCCUGUUCUUGGUGGUAAGGAGUGCCAGCCUUUGCCCAUUGCCAGAUUUACGCGCACUCAAGUGCCAAGUGCAUUGCCAGGGUCCAAAAGCAGCUCUCUUUCUGUUGGGAUGACUGCCAAGUCUGGAAGUACACAUCAGUCAAAGGACGGUCAUGCCUUCAGCCACUGUGGUCCACGCUUACCAGGUCUGGAUGGGUACAGACAGCCCAAGUUAAACCAUUCCCAGGAGCAGUACAGCAUAGCAGCACAACAAAAAAGUAAAUAUGAAGCAAAUUCCAAACUUACGCAAAUGGGAGCCGGUAGCAGAAGUGUAACACCUACUCAAACGGUCAUAUCCAGGCCUAGCACGCAGCCCACCAACAGUAAGCAAGUGGAGAAGUAUGUGGUUCCCCAAGGAAGUACUAGUUUUGCCCCUCCAGGUAAGCACUGUGCGUCUGAUUCCAUGAAGGCCAAAUUCAACCCACCACCACAGUAUCAUCCUCUGUGUAAAAGUGAGCAGUACACUAAACAUGAAGAGCCACUGGUGCCUCAGAGGGAGUCUCACGUGAAGGCUGGGAGUGAGAUGAGGACAUUGGCAAACUGCACAGCAGUAGCACGAGCAAGUCCACUGCUCCAGCCCCAGCCUAGCACCGCGGGAGUUUCUCCGGCUUUACACUCCAGCAAACAGGAUCUGGGAUCAGAUGGGCAUGAGAAACGUUUGGACAUUUUAAAUAUUUUUAAAACAUACAUUCCAAAGGACCUUGCUUCGUUGUACCAAACCUGCGGUGCCAACAGCCCUGUCCUGGAUCACGCAGGGAUGCUCAGGACACAAACACGCCAAGGAGACUGCGUCUGCAGAGAAUGUGGAAAAUGCUUUACCCAACCCAGUCACCUCAGGACUCACCAGAGGUCCCACACAGUGGUAUUUGAGUCUAAUGGACUCCGAGGUACUGAAGUUCACACCACCUCCACAGACGCCCCAAAACAACUGAGGAGCCGCUUAAGAAAACUCUUGGGAAAAGCAAACCGUUUCUUGAAGAGAGGAAUAGGGAGUCCAAGGACUGUCCGUAGAUGGAGAAGGAAUCUAUUUGGAUUCUGUUUUGGAUGAAGUUUGUCCUUAAUAUUUGUGAAGGUUACUGACACCUUUCUCGUUGUGGGACUCUACUCAUCUAUACAGAAAACCCAAUCUGAAAUCCUAUCCUUUCCUCCUGAAAGGAGGGUCAAUGUGUGCCUCUGCUGAUACAGACUUUUUCCACAUAAACUGACCUUGUGCAGCAUUUCUACUUAGUGAAUUAAAAUCAGUGGAGAGAGCCAGCCGUGUACAAGUCUCAGUGGCCUCAUUUUAUUAUAUGUACUUUAAGUAUAGACUGUUAAGGAGGAACAUGGCUUGAAUGACGGUGAAUAGUGAUUCAGGCAGACAAAGCACAAUGGAAUCACUCGGUUCAUCUCCUGAUCUGCAGAAUUCCAUGGCUGCAGGUCCUGACCCAUCCUUCCUCUUUGUGCAUCUGUAGCCUGCACUUAUGAUUUACAUCUACUCUCCAGAGUUACUGCCAUUUGUGCAUCGCAUACUGCAGUCAUAACAUCUAAUAUUGCUAUCAAUGUAUUGUUUUUCUUUGGUUUCCCUCUUCUCAGUCCAGAAGGUCACCGUCCUUCAUCACAACAGAUGUGUACCAAUGUGGUAAUCGUUGGUGACCUAACACACUCCAGUGAGGCAGCUUGCUCUGAACACAGGUUUGGAUUUCUACGUGUUUUUUAUUCCCUUGUAUCCCAAGUCUCCACAGUUUAAGGAUGGGCUGAGAGGGAGGUAGAUGGAGGUCAGGGGAAGAGAACAACGGAAGGAAAAUGCGAUGUAAAUCAACAAGCAUCGUUAUCAGCAGCAUGCCAGAAGUGCAUUAGAGGGACUUGUUUGUAAGGAAGUCUGAACCUGGCUGGUGAUAUGGAAGAGAGCAUCUUGGGUUUUUUGGGAAGUGGUCAGACACUGGAGGAAAACCAAAGUGAUCCAUUCCUGGCUGCACCUGUGCUGUUUGAAAUCCCACUUGUGCCUGUUUCCUUUGGUGUACGUCCUUUGGGCCCAUACCAACCUGAAAUUGUCUGGAAGCAAAGCAGAAGCUGUUGAGAUAUAAAAAUGCCCAUUUUGCACUUUCAAACUAACACUGCCAGUACGCUGUAAAUGCUAGCUGUCCGUUACCCCCAUGCACAGAGGUGCAGUGGCACGUGCUGCACCCUGUGCUUCCACUGACCAGAGACCUCCAGGAGGUCUUGAACCAGAGAUCAUAGAAUUAUUUAGGUUCGAAAAGACCUUUAAGAUCAUCAAGACACCAUUAACCUAGCACUGCCAAGAUGAGACAUUAAGGAUGGAUUUUCUUCUCCAAGAAGUGGUGAGACUCUUACUAUUAUUUUAUCGUUGUGUUUUGGUAUUUAAUAUACAAGGACUUGACAAAGUACUACUGUAUAAUCCUCUAACAAUACCCAUUUUGUCCCAUAAAAUUAUUAUAUCCAGCCUUAAAAUGUUAAAUAUGUCACCAUUAGGGUAGAGUGUCAUAAAAUUCAGUUUAUAAUAUUAAAACUCAAAAAUGACACAAUGUUAUCAAUUACAUUCCUUGGUAAUCAACUAUCUUCAUUUUUCUUUAAUUUUGCAUUUUAGUAUAACAAAUUGAGAUUAAAACUGCAGCCUCCGGUCUCUUGGAGGUGAAUGGCAGUAAAGUUACAAGUAAAGUGAUAAGAAAACAAAUCAUAUGGAAAUCUAAUAUUUAAUAACAUUUCAGACAGAUCACAGAGAUUUAAGACCCUGUGCUGUAACCAGCAUUGGAUCAGGGCAGAUAUGCUAGUAAUUGCAGAGGGAAAUUCUCUCAUCUCCUUGAAAUAAAUGCAGAUCAUCGGUGGAAGGCUGGAAAUAUGCUGAACAGCUAGUAUAAAACUGAGAUGUCUUUCUGGUAGGAUUUUUUAAGAUUUCUGUUAUGCUCCCAGAACACAGACAUUGGUGUUACAUUGUUUGUUUUUAACUGGGGAAUUCGUAUAUUCCCCGUUCCCAUCCAUUCCCCGUCACCUUUCCAGCUGGUGCUGUGGUAUUGCACAUCUUUCAUCUGGACUCUUACAUUUCUUGAACAAAUGUAGGGAAAACUUCCCUAAAAGUGAAAAAAAACCCAAACACCCACAAACCCACAAAAGACCUUUAAAUGCUUUUAUGCAUUUCUACUUAUUUUCUACCUUUUUAUAUAUCUUUAUCCUGUAUUUUAUUUUUAUAAUACCAGAAUGUAACAAAAUUGUAUUUUUUUCAGCUCGUAAAGGACAAGAUCUCCUUUUGAAAAUUUGUUCAACCGACAAUGAGCUGAUGGCCAAGUUGCACAAUAAUGCAAAAAAAAAAAAAAAAAAAAGUUACACUUGAGUUAGCGGGGCUUUCUUUGCACGUAAUGUACAUAUCAAUUACUUAGUGAUGCAUUAUACGGUAUAAUCUAAUUCAGCAUGUCAAACUUUUCAACCCAAUUUAUAAAUUCAGCUGCAUCAGCCUCUGCAUCAUUUACACCAAGUAAUUUUUAGCUUCUCUAGAAAUCAGCUCCUAUGGAAAAAAAUGGCUAGAUUUAUUGUAUGUGUUAUACUCUGGGACCUAGUUUGCUCAGUGAGCAAAAUGAAUGCAGUGAGUUUCACACAGUAGAACUCGAUAUUGUAUUUUGUAUGCUGAGCCUUUUUCUUUCUUUUCUCUCUCCCUCUUUCUUUCUCUAUUUUCCCCCCUCUCCAAUAGAGCUAUCCAGUCUUGAAUAUGUCAGUGUGCCUUGAAUGUGCAGUCACAUUCUGAGGUAUGUCUUUGAACUCUUCAAUGGUGCUUUGCAUUUCUUUGAGAGCUUUUAUGGGAAGGAAAUAGAGAAAUGUGGACUAAAAUGCCGUGCAGUUGUCUCAUUAUUUCUCUUCCAUUUAAAAAAAAAAAAAAAAAAAAAGAUUUAGUUUUUGUUAGACAGGGACACCUCCAUUGCAUAGUAUAUUCAGCAUCCACUGUGCAUGGCUCCAUACUGAUAACUUGCAGACAGCAUGGGGUAUGGCGUACCAAUUUAGAAGGCCAAGACAAUAGUCCUGUAUCUGCUCCGAAGAAAGAAAUUAUCACCCCCAGCUAGCAAUUACUUUGACAAAAGGAUAAAUUGAUUUUCAACAUAUAUUUCAUUCUUGGCCAUUAUACUAAAUUUUAUUUUUUAAAAUAGCAACCCCCCCCAAAAAAAAACCUAGAGAAAGAUGAAUACUAAUGGCUAGUAAUCAGAGGAUAAUAAAGUGUGACCAGAAAAAUUAGAAGCUCCCCUGCAGCUCUAAUUAAGCCAGUAGGACACAUAUCUGCGGAAGGAUGGCAGAAUGGGACCUGUACGUACAUGCUCCUCUUUCGGGCAGGAUUCUGUCACCCUUCCUCAGGCAGCGUAAGGGUUUGGUACCUCAGCGGUCACAAGCAGCAGGCAGUUGUGUGGGGUCAUAGGGCGGCAUUUGGCAAGUUCCAGCUGGAAAAGUGGGUGCCUCACCACCCGACACACAGCGCACAGGCUGCCCUCACCCGUCCCCGUACCGUGGGGGUGUUAAGUCUGGGUGCUACCAGCCAGAGAGAGAUAAAUUAAAGAUAUUUAAGGAGAGAUUUCACAAAGGGUUAUUCUGGUACAUAAAAAGGGAAGCCAAUAAAAGUGGUACAGAGGAGUACUCAUAGAGAUUGUACUAAUAUAUUUUAUGAGGUGUCUUUUAAUUAAAUUUACAGUUUUACAGAUUUUAUUUCUACGUGUGUUCAGCAUGAAGAGGAAAGGGGACAGUCUGAGAUAGUUUUUCUAGAAUUGAGGCAAAAUUUUUCCUCGUAGUUGCAAAUAUAUCCUUUGCUCAGUGACUAUGUUUAUCUUUUAAGUGGUGGGGAGUAUGGGUUUACUAUCUCAGUUAAUUCUCUGCUCUAACACCCAUAAAGUGUAAUGCAUUAAACAAGUUUCAUUUUUAAAAUCUAUUUUGCACAUGCCCUUUUGACAGAGACAUUCCACAAGCAGAUAUCUUUUUAUACUGUACUUGGGGCACAGCAUCUGACAGAUCACUGUAUAACCUGAAGUAAAAGUAUUGGUGUAAAAUACAGGACUGUAUACAUGGGAUUUAAUCCAGAGCACUCAGCCAAAAGAAAUACUGAACCACUGCUAAAUCAUCCUAAUGAGUUAAGUAUUGUGUGUGGUUUUGUUAUUUUAAGCAAAUGCACUCGUAUUUGUUUCUGGAACUGUAAGGGAUCAGUCAAGCAAAUGUUUCCGUGAAAGGAAAAAAAAAAUUGUUCGUAAAACUUACACUGCCUUACUUUCUUGGUGGCAAAGUAUUUAAAAUAAUUGUUCAAUGAAAGACUAAACAUUUUCUUGGAAAAGUCAUUUAACUCAAGAAUUAGCCAUAUAGGGUGUCCACUUCACUGUGCAAAAUAAUAAACUCCAUUCCUUCUUUUUCUGUUUUAGCUUUAAUACAUAGCCAUCUUCAUAAAUUCCAUAUGUUACAUAUAACUAGGCAUUUUCAUUUGAAAAAAACCCCAGCAACCCAAACCUACAAAGAAUUAGGCUUGCAGGUCUAAGAAAAACAUUUGCCUGGUGUCCAGUUUAAAUUGAGGUUGAGGGGGUGGAGGGAGGGGCGAGGUAAGAAGGAAACGGUGCAUUUCAGCCCAGGCUCACCGUUGGGUUGCCAAAACAGGGGCUUCCACUGGGAACAAACAGAACGGCCUCGGCCUUUACGCUCUUCUCCAGUUUUCUGUGGGUGUAGGGAUUAAGUAACUACUGCAGUUCAUACACGGUUUCCUUCCCAGAUGUGAAACAUCUCCCAGACAGCUUGGCUGGGAGGUUUGGAAACAUCUGCUGCUCUCUCUUCUCCCAUCCCCACCUCCCAGUCAUCCAGAUUGCGAUGGGUAUAAUAAUGGGAAACAAAAGGGGUAGUAAUUCCUGGGUAUUAUCAUUGUUUGCUUUUGAAGAGAAGUUUCUUUUCAUGCUUUGCACUUGCUCCUGUGGGUAGUGAAACAAGGAGGCAUAAACACAGCAGUGUUUAGCAGGGGUAACUGGUGGGUAACACGCCUUCAAAAUUACUCUGGUUGGUAGGAGGGCCUCCAGCCAAGGACCAUUUGAUGUGCAACCUGGGGCAGUGGGGGGGCACAGCAAAACCAACUUUGUUGUAUUUUUUGAGGUCUCUCAAAUCUUGGCUCACUCAGAAAAACAGUUCAUUACAGGUGUAAUUUAGGGCAGUCACACGUGUGACCCAGUGACCCGGGGGUUCUCCCAUCAGCCGUGUGUUGCUGGAGUCCAUCAAGCUGGGACCGUGCCAUCUCCCGGUUUUGAAAUGCCACCCAUGAUCUCAACUGUCCAUUAAUCAAGGAUUGUCCUUUGGAAAAGCCUUCAGAUGGUCAUUUAUGGCAAUGUGUGAGACUCACAGGAACAGAAGAGAAGGACCCUCCCUACUGCAGGCUACAGCCUUUUCCUUAGUGGUCACCAGGCAGUCUCAGUCCCAGCAGCACUGGUUUGCACAUACACAGAAUGUAAAUACGUUGUUCUGGCUGGAUUUCCUGAGUUCACAUCCCUCCCCUCCAAAAAAAACCCCUCAACCCAACCACUUUAGAAGAUAUUUCACUGAGCAGCACCUAUAAAUAAAUGAUUUAAGGGAUUUUUCACUCUACAAUACAGAAAGACCAAAUCCACUAUAGAACUGUUUUUUUGCUUUUUCUUAUAAAUCUUUAGUAUUUAAAAAUUACAAAAAGGCACCAUUCUGUUUACAGGAUUUUUUAUUUUUUUUUACAUAAUACUUCUCACCUCUUUGAGAUAAAAUACACUUCAGCUAAGUGUCUUAUUGGUGUAUUUUUUUCCAGCUGUAGCCAUACAGCAUAGCUGUAGCCAUUUGGCAUAGAUGUCACCACUUCCAAAGAGUGGAGGCCUGUAAACACAGAGAGUGUGGUUUCAGUUUUAUCAUUACGGGCUAAGGCAGUGUGUCCAUUACCAACAGCUGGAAAAUGAGACAAUGACUAAAAGUGGCAUUAUUGUGUUUCUCAUGGAUGUUUUACUAGGAAAGUUCAGAGAGGGGGAGACACUUGUGAUAGAGACAGCUCAACAGAGAUUUUUUGCUUGGUGUCACAUGAUAGUUUUAAAAAAAUUCUGCAAAGAGAUGUCAGAGGUGAGCCAAACAGCUUGAAUCUAGUGCAAAAAUCAAUGCACACAAAUUGUUUAGGUCCCAGUUCUGCGCUACGAUAUGUGUGUAUGCCUACAAAUUAUAAAUAAAACUGACAAAUCAUGCCUUUGGCGUUUGUCACCUACUUUAUCUCUGCCACAGGUUUCUGUCUCGAAGUGAGGUCAGUAGAUGUUUGCAUAGCUACCGUAACCUCCUCUUUGCAGGAGGAGACAGCAGAGCCCUGGCAGGACCCGGUGUUGCAGGCAGUUUAGAGAGGGUGAUUGCCUCUCCCCUGUCUCUGUUUGUUCACCUAUGCUACAGCCUGCUCUCCUGAGCAGCUUCGCUCUCAGCCUUCUGCUGAGUAAGGCUAUUUCUACACGGCACCUUUUUCAGGCAGAAGCA